AACACAACCGUAGAAGAUGAAGGCAGACAGCAAUACACAUUUCGUACUAGUGCAUGGUGGCUGCCAUGGAGCUUGGAGCUGGUUCAAACUCUCAACGUUGCUCACGUCAGCCGGUCACCAAGUCACAGCCAUUGAUCUUGCCGCUUGUGGGGUCCACCCGAAGCGAAUCAACGAGAUCGGCUCAUUCCACGACUAUACUCAACCAUUGAUGGAUUUAAUGGCUUCUCUUUCACCUCACAAAAGGGUGAUCCUGGUGGGCCACAGCUUCGGUGGUGUUGUCAUUUCUCUAGCUAUGGAGAGAUUUCCAGAAAAGAUCUUGGUGGCCGUUUUCGUCACCGCCGUUAUGCCGAAUCUUGCAUCUCCACCGUCCAUUAUCGUGAAAGAGGUAUUCCAAAGAUUGGACACUCUGUUGGAUUGCCGAUUUGAGUAUGAUGAAAGGCUGGAGAACGCUCUAACCUCAGUGAUCUUUGGCCCCACGUUCAUGGCAACAAAGCUUUAUCAAUGCUGCUCACCCGAGGAUCAUACAUUGGGCACGAUGUUGGUGAGGCCUGGGAAGCCAUUCCAAGAAGACACAUCCAAGGAAAACAUGCUUUCAAAGGAGAAUUACGGGUCAGUUAGCCGAGUUUACAUAGUAUGCAAGGAAGAUGAGUUGAUAAAAGAGGAUUUACAGCAUUGGAUUAUUGCGAACAACCCACCCAAAGAGGUGAUGGAGAUUGACGGAUCUGAUCACAUGGUCAUGCUCUCAAAGCCUCGAGAACUGUGCGACUGCCUCUUGGAGGUUGCUGAGAGAUAUGCUUGACUGGGGUCUUUACAAUAUUGUAAUAUGUUGCUUAGUUGCAGGUAGAAUUGGAGAUGGGGCCAUGUAGACGUGUCACAGUGGGCCCUAUGC